AUGGCCAAAUGGCGUACUCGGGCAAUCAGAAACCUGUACGGACAGCGUUGUGCAAAUCGAUUGGAAUCGGCUCUGGACACAACCCUUCGUCGCAGCCAGCAACGAUCAGGUUCCAGUUCUAUCAUAGAUUUCUCCGACAGUGGACCCCAAAGACAAUCGUUAUUUAGUGCCGCAGCACAGCGAUCUCCGUUUAGCGGGAACAGCAAUGGUGACUUUAAUGAAGAAAUCCAACAGAUUGUUACCGAUUACAAGCAAAAGUUCAACGGACCAGUAAAUGGUCCGGGAUUACCCUUCUACCCAACGGCUGGUUCGCCAAACCUACUGUCCGCCGCCCAGGUCGAAGUGGCUAACUUAAGGGUGAGAAUCCCUCAAAAUCACCAGUGGGUCGUGGUGGACCGAUGCCAAUUUAUCGAACAUAAUCGUACGCUAGACACUAAGCUAGAAUUUCCGGACCUACAAAUCAGUGGGAGAGUGAUAAUGCACCCAUCGGGAGGACGGUGCGAUAUGAUACUUCGACUGCGGCGCGCGGGCAUCGAGUUUCGGACGAUUCCGUUGGUGCCAUCCGGUCUCGGCGAGCGCAGCCGGCAGGCCAACGUGCGUACGGACUCACACUUUUCGGAACCCGGAUUCAUAUCGGUGUUUGCCCACAGCUGCGAAGGGCCGUCCGGUAUCAAGUAUCGUAUCAACUCAAAGAGACGCCAUUUUCUCAAUCGCCAGCCAACUGCACCGUCCCACUACGGUCGCGAUCGGCGAAGGUCUCUAGAUUACGUCGAUGACGACCUAACGAGCAACGAUGGCAAGAACGACAUGCUGAAGCUCAACGAUGGAGACACUCUGUUUUUAUCGCCUGCAACGUUCGUCGAUGUGGAUGAAGAUCAGCGAGACCUCGAGCCAUCCGCGGAGCAGGAUCCAAACAGCAGAACAUUCUUUGCGGAACGCAAUCCCUUCUCCUACUCGUCCUACGCAGGCCCUAACGCAUACGGGUACGGACCAACCCCGGCCACACCGGACAAGGGUUGGCAAAACGUAGAAACAAACGAGGCUUUGGACGAUGCUUACUCGAACGAAAUCGACAACCUUUUCUCCAAGGGCGUUCGGGGGCUACUAACGACGUACAUGCAAAAAGCUCUCCAACCGGCCAUCAAGGAAACGUUAAUGGAAAGUAUGGGUUACACAUUAUCAUACGGUUAA